ACAUCGCCACUGGACACAUUCGAAUCGAAUUCAACCAUUUCCAUCGAAAGCUACUCCCAGGCAGCACGAAAUCUUGAACUUGAAGAAAUCCCAGGCAUGGAUUUCUCUUUUAGAUCAGGCUGUAAUGCGAGCGGCGUAUUCUCAAAGAUUCUAGAAAAUGAUGACAUCGAAGCAGAUGUGCCAAUGGAUUUUUGUGAUUCUGUGGCAGCAGCAACAGCAAUCGGAGCAGACAUUUCCACAACCGUUCAUUGUGCUUCGCCGUGCCGAUCUCCAGUCAUUGCUCAUGAUUCUGUGCGUGAAAGAGAUUUCUUUGAGAAUGGUGCAACAUGCGCUGCCACGCUGAACGAUUGUUCCUCUGCGCAUCGCAUCAGCCGGAGGCGUAAUGCAUUUAAUGAUGACCGAACAAGUGGGAUCGAUUCUGUGACGUCAGUGGAUUUGGGAACAGUGAGUAGCGGUACAUGGUCUCACCUCGGCUACAGCCCACAUGAGGCCAGUGCAGAAAGGUGA